AUGGAAAAAGUGAACACCUCUGAGCGGCUCGCCGAGCUCCGCAAGCUCAUGAAGGAGCACCAGAUAGAUGUCUACAUGGUCCCUUCGGAAGACAGUCACCAGAGCGAGUACAUUGCGCCUUGCGAUGCACGCCGCGAGUACAUAAGCGGAUUUACGGGCUCUGCGGGCUAUGCAGUGAUCACUCAGGAGAAGGCCGCCCUGUCCACAGACGGACGCUACUUCAAUCAAGCCGAGAAGCAGCUCGACAGCAAUUGGGAGCUCCUCAAGCAAGGGUUACAAGAUGUGCCCACGAUUCAAGAGUGGACAGCGGAUCAGGUUGCGGGGGGAAAGGUCGUGGGUGUCGAUCCAACUGUCGUGACAGCGGGAGAUGCUCGCAAGCUUGCCGACAAGAUCAAGAAGAAAGGCGGCGACUACAAGGCAGUGGGAGAGAACCUCAUUGAUCUUGUGUGGGGCAAAGAGAGGCCGUCACGGCCGAACGAGAAAGUUAUCGUGCAGCCGCUGCAAUACUCGGGCAAAAGUUUUGCUGACAAGAUUGCGGACAUUCGGAAGGAGCUAGAGAAGAAGAAGAGUCUUGGGUUUGUCGCAUCUAUGCUGGAUGAAAUCGCGUGGUUAUACAAUCUGCGUGGCAGCGAUAUCCCAUACAACCCAGUUUUCUUUUCGUAUGCUGUUGUCACCCCCACGCAAGCCAUCCUGUACGUCGAUGAAAGCAAGCUCACGCCGGAAGCGAAAGAUCAUCUGGGAGAUAAGGUUACGAUCAAGCCAUACGAGGCCAUCUUCAACGACCUCACGGCACUCAGUGCUGAAGCAUUCGAGGCGAACGGGGACCCGGCAGAGAAGAAGAAGUUUUUGACAUCCAAUCGAGCCUCGUGGGCACUGAACAAGGCUCUUGGUGGCGAGGAGCGUGUGGAUGAAGUUCGCAGCCCCAUCGGAGAUGCGAAGGCGGUGAAGAACGAGGUCGAGCUCGAAGGCAUGCGCAAGUGUCACAUUCGUGAUGGCGCUGCACUGUCAGAAUACUUUGCGUGGUUAGAAGACCAGCUCGUCAACAAGAAGGCUACUCUCGAUGAGGUGGACGGAGGAGACAAGCUGGAGUCAAUUCGCGGAAAGCACGAUCUUUUUAUGGGGUUGUCCUUCGACACAAUAUCCUCCACCGGACCCAAUGCUGCGGUCAUACAUUACAAGCCCGAGAAGCCCCUGGCCUCAAUAAUUGAUCCUAAGGCCAUAUAUCUCUGCGACUCUGGCGCCCAGUAUCAGGACGGUACCACGGAUACCACCCGAACUCUCCACUUUGGCGAACCCACAGAAACCGAGAAGACGGCAUACACACUAGUUCUGAAGGGCAAUAUCGCACUUGAGCGGGUGAAAUUUCCCAAGGGGACCACUGGCUUUGCUCUCGAUGUCUUGGCUAGGCAGUUCUUGUGGGCCGAAGGUCUCGACUACAGACAUGGCACCGGCCACGGUGUUGGCUCCUUCCUGAACGUUCACGAGGGCCCCAUUGGUAUCGGCACCCGCGUCCAAUACUCUGAGGUGUCUCUAGCUGUAGGCAACGUUGUGUCAAACGAGCCUGGGUACUACGAGGAUGGUAAAUUUGGCAUUCGCAUUGAAAACAUGGUUAUGGUCCAGGAAGUGGAGACGAAGCAUAAAUUCGGCGACAAGCCAUACCUCGGUUUCGAGCGGGUGACUAUGACACCCCAUUGCCGGAAGCUCGUCGACACGAGCCUGUUGUCUGAAGAUGAGAAGACUUUUAUCAACGAGUACCACCAAGAGGUCUUCGACAAGACCAGCAAGUUCUUCGAGAACGACCCACUGAGUCUGGCAUGGCUCAAGCGCGAGACCGCGCCUUAUUAA